GAGACAGAAAGAGAGAGAAGCAGACAGAAACAAGCACACUUAGGGGUGUGUCUUAGACAAUUAGUUCCUCAAGGAAGUACAACGCAGAUUAUCUUGAAACAGUGUGUCGAGCAGAUCAGAGAUUUUCUUUACAAGUUUUUGUGUGCUUCCAUCUGUAUGUUGUUUUUUUGCUUUUGUUUUUUUUCCUAAACAACCUGGAUGUUGAUCACCUGAGCCACACACACAAGGAGGACCGAGAUUUGACAGAGAGGAGGGUAGGAAAGAAAAUAAAACAGCAGAAAUGGAUUUUAGCUCCAAAGACUUGGCUAUGAAAGCCCAGAAGAAAAUUCUCAGCAACAUGGCAAACAAGUCAGUUGUGCAGAUGUUCAUCGAUGACACAAGCAGUGAGAUCCUGGACGAGCUGUACCGUGUCUCAAAGGAGUACACAGGGAACAGCAUAGAGGCCAAAAAAGUGAUUAAGGACCUGGUUAAAAUCGUUGUGAAGGUUGCCGUGCUUUUUAAGCACAACCGUUUCAGCGAGGAGGAGCUUCGUAUAGCCCAGAACUUCAAGAAGAAAUUACACCAGGGAGCCAUGACAGCCAUCAGUUUCUAUGAGGUGGAGUUCACCUUCGACAAGGCCGUGAUGUCGGAAAUCCUUACUUCAUGCAGAGACAUGAUGCUCAAGCUUGUAGCCGCUCAUCUCACGCCGAAAUCCCACGGACGCAUCAACCAUGUCUUCAACCAUUACUCCGACCCUGAUCUUCUCACUCAGCUUUACAAUCCGAAAGAUCCCUUCAAGACCCACCUCACUAAAAUCUGCACUGGACUCAACAAACUGAUCGAAGAGGGCAAGUUAUGAGAGUGUGAUUCAAGAGGGACUCUGAACAGUAUUUCUUUAAAGAGACCAACAGUCUCUCAGUGCGGGACUGGAACUCACUGAUGGCAGGCUCUUUGCUCAAGUGGUUGUACAUUAAGACAUUUCACAGAGAAAUACAGCUUGGUUUUAACGGUAAAACAUAUCAGCAACAUUGUUUCGAUGUGAAAGAUUUGUGGAUUGGGGAACUUUAUAAAUGAGCACUAUAUUCACAUCCACUUUUUUCAAGGUUACGCCUCAGAAAAGCUUUGUGAAUGUGUUCCAAUAUAAAAAAGGCACAAUAAUGAAACGUUAUGUGCAGUGAAAGUAACAUUCAAAAUUAAAUUCAUUUUUCCAAUAAUAACCACCUCUAAAUUAAAAAAUAUAUAAACACCAUGUAUUUGUAAAUAAUUGUUUUUGUAUCUGAAAACAGAAUUUAAGCUCUAAGUAUUCAACAGUUGAUGAUGCAGUCAUUAAUGAAAUGUUGCACUGCUGAGUUUCUUUUUAUUAAGGUGAAUAAAUAUAUUUGAAAAAUUGCACUCUGAAAAAAAAAAACAUGCAACCAUCACAGAGGCCAGGGGCUACAGUAGUACAUCUCUUCACUGCCACCUGGUGUAACUUUGUAGUAAUGGAAACCAUGUCUGUCAGUGUACUAAUGCUUACAGUGCAUGGACGAUCCUCAAAUACAUGUUUUUCUUGACCGAGUUUUACAUGACCAUAUGAGCUCAUAACCGUCAUUAAAGUCCAUGUUACUUAAAAAAAAACGUAAAUACUUGAAGAAAAUGCGACCUGUCUGGUGAGCCUACCCAAUAUUUCAAACCACUCAAAGAGAUUCAUCUCUGGUCCUACAUACUGUGUAUUCAUUCAAAAAGAAUCGUGGUUGUAAAUAAACCUCUUGUUUUAAUAGUAA